GCGGGGCCCGGCCAUGCCGCGGGGCCGGCGCGGCGGCGGGGCCGCGGGGCAGCCGGUGCUGAGCAGGUUCUUCGGGGCGGCGGCGAGCAGCGGCGAGUGCGGGCCCCGCUACACGGCUUCUAAAUGUGGCACAAAAAGGAGCACAUCUACUGAAAGCAAUGAACCCUGUGAGAAGAAGACCAAGGCACGACAAAUUACCCUGGAAGAGAUCUGUAACCCACUGAAGGCUCAGGAUAAAAAAGAAUCUCAGAAGCGUGAGAAGUCCCGUAUCUGUUUGGAAACUCUGGGCAGGCUGAGAGAGUUCUGCAGUGAUUCAAACCAGCAGUGUUCCAGCCUUCGAGAGGAUGGCUUUCAGCAGAAAGAAAAAUGUCCCAGUGUUACUGGGAGGAGCUCAGAGCUGAAAAAUCCUCUUCCAUCUUGGGACAGCGGCCCAAAGGUCGCACAGAAGGAGGAGUUACAACAUAAUCUUAGUCAGUUUUCUGCAUCUCUCAAGUCCCAUGAAAAUUCUCAAAAUUCUUCAGAUACAAAUCUUAAUAAAAGAACCAAAAGCAUUUACACUCCACUAGAACUCCAGUUCAUAGAAAUGAAGAAAAAGUACAAAGAUGCUGUUUUGUGUGUGGAAUGUGGAUACAAAUACCGGUUCUUUGGACAAGAUGCAGAGAUUGCAGCUAAGGAGCUGAACAUUUACUGUCACCUGGAUCACAACUUCAUGACUGCCAGCAUCCCCAGCCACCGGCUCUUCGUCCACGUGCGCCGCCUCGUAGCCAAGGGACACAAGGUUGGAGUAAUAAAACAAAUGGAAACUGCAGCACUGAAAGCUGCUGGAGAAAAUAAAAGCUCUCUCUUCAGCCGUAAGCUGACUGCCCUCUACACUAAGUCUACACUUAUUGGAGAAGAUGUGAACCCUUUGUUGAAGCUGGAUGAGUCUGUAGAUGUUGAAGAGGUAACAGCAGAUGUCCCUGAUAACUACCUCCUCUGCAUCUGUGAAAAUGGAGACCACCUGAAGGACAGGAAGAAAGGUGACAUUGUUACAGGCAUUAUGGCGAUCCAGCCAACUACAGGAGAAGUGAUUUUUGACAGUUUUCGGGACGGUGCUUCCCGCUCGGAGCUGGAGAGUCGCGUUCUGCGCCUGCAGCCAGUUGAAAUAAUUCUUCCAUCUCGGCUGUCAGAUCAAUCUGAAAAGCUCAUCCACAGUAUAACCUCCAUGAGGUUACAGGAUGACAGAAUUAGGAUAGAGAGAAUGGAAAACCUCAAUUUUGAGUACAGCCAUGCUUUCCAGAGGGUCACUGACUUCUAUGCAAAAGAGGUGCCUGGUACUGCAGGUCCUCAAAACCUAUCUAUAAUACUAAGCUUGGAUAAGCCUGUUAUUUGCUCUCUGGCAGCAGUAAUUACAUAUCUCAAAGAAUUUAAUUUGGAAAAGAUGCUUUACAAUCCAAGCAAUUUCAAACAGUUGUCCAGAGAAACGGAAUACAUGACAAUUAAUGGGACAACAAUGAAAAAUCUUGAAAUUUUACAGAAUCAGACUGACAUGAAGACAAAAGGAAGCCUGCUCUGGGUGCUGGAUCAUACCAAAACUUCGUUUGGCCGUCGAAGGUUGAAGAAAUGGGUGACCCAGCCCCUCCUGAAACUGAGUGACAUAAAUGCCCGGCUUGAUGCUGUGUCUGAAAUUCUGCUGUCAGAAUCCAGUGUCUUUGGUCAGAUUCAAAAUCUUCUUUGCAAGCUGCCAGAUUUGGAGAGAGGCCUCUGCAGUGUUUUCCACAAGAAGUGCUCUACCCAGGAGUUCUUCUUGAUAGUCAGCACCCUGUCUCGUCUGGACGUGGAAAUUCAAGCUUUUGUCCCAGUCAUACAAUCCCAUGUGAGAUCUCCUCUGUUAAAAAAUGCACUGCUGGAAAUCCCAGACCUCCUCUCUCCAGUAAAACUGUAUUUAAAGAUCCUUAAUGAAGAAGCAGCCAAGACUGGAGAUAAAACCCAGUUGUUCAAGGACCUGACAGACUUCCCUGCCAUCCGAAAGAAAAAGGAGGAGAUCCAGGAUGUGCUUUCCAAAAUCCACUUGCAUCUGCCGGAUAUUCGUAAACAGAUUAAGAACCCUUCUGCAGAGUAUGUUGCAGUUUCGGGUCAAGAGUUUUUGAUAGAAGUCAAGAAUUCCCAUAAAUCAUCUGUGCCAUCUGACUGGGUUAUGGUUAGCAGCACCAAAGCCGUCAGCCGCUUCCACUCGCCGCUGGUCACAGAGAGCUACCGAGCCCUGCAGCAGCUCCGUGAGCAGCUCGCCCUCCUCUGCAGUGCUGAGUGGCUGUGCUUCUUGGACCGUUUCAGUGAACAUUAUCACCCCGUGUCUAAAGCCAUUUGUCACCUAGCAACUGUGGACUGCCUGUUCUCAUUGGCCCAGGUGGCCAAGCAAGGAGACUACUGCAGACCAACUGUGCGAGACAAUCGUCGCGAAAUAAUCAUAAAAAAUGGGAGGCACCCUGUGAUUGAUGUUCUGCUGGGGGAGCAGGAUCAGUAUGUUCCAAACACCACCAGCCUUUCCGGAGAUGGAGAAAGGGUCAUGAUAAUAACUGGGCCCAACAUGGGAGGGAAGAGCUCCUACAUCAGGCAGGUGGCACUGAUCACGGUCAUGGCACAGAUCGGCUCUUUCGUUCCUGCAGAAGAGGCCACAGUUGGUGUUGUGGAUGGAAUCUUUACCAGAAUGGGCGCUGCAGACAACAUCUACAAAGGCCGGAGCACCUUCAUGGAGGAGCUGACAGACACUGCUGAGAUCAUCAGAAAAGCCACCUCGAGGUCGCUGGUGAUCCUGGACGAGCUGGGCCGAGGGACGAGCACACACGACGGCAUUGCCAUUGCUUAUGCCACCCUGGAGCACUUCAUCAGAGACGUGCAGGCCCUGACGCUGUUUGUCACCCACUACCCCUCGGUGUGCGAGCUGCAGCAGCUGUACCCCGGCGCCGUGGGCAAUUACCACAUGGCCUUCCUGCUCAGCGAGGAGGACGCCGCACAGCACACAGGAUCUGAAGGGGAAGAGAACCCUGAAUUUAUCACUUUCCUUUAUCAAAUAACUAAAGGAGUCUCUGCAAGGAGUUAUGGGCUAAAUGUUGCUAAACUGGCAGAUAUCCCUGAAGAAAUCUUGAAGAAAGCAGCUCACAAAUCAAAGGAGUUGGAGAGAAUAGUGAACAUGAAAAGGAAAAAAAUGAAGUCCUUUGCUGAAGCAUGGAAGAUAAAUGAUUCUCAGGAACUACAGAAAUGGAAAAAUAUGUAUGAACCUGAGGAUGAAAGAAAGGACAGUUUUUAAUCCUCAAAUCAUGGUUAAAGAUGGAAGAUACUGGAGGUGCAAAACACAUGUCUGGAGACUAAUGGGUUUUAUCAGGGUGUAGUUCCAGGUGCACUGAGUUGACUUGUUUGCUUUCUGAGAGAUCACAGAUGCUGCAUCAUGUGUAAUUUUCUCUCUCCACAUCCCUUCCUUGUCACCCUUUUCCUUAAAUGCAAACUGCCUAUGGGGAUUGGUUCUAAUUUGUUUAAAAACCAUGAAAGAAAUUAUUGAUAAAUUAUAAGGUAACUUUUUAUAAAUAAAACAAUGUGUUUCA